UGCUUUUAUGGGCUCUGAUUUUAUGUUUUCGAUUAAAUUCUUCGUUUAUUUAUUAUUAUUUUUUAAAUCCGCCAUCGAUGGCGUCCGCCACGGUCGAAGAUUCGAGAUUUGAAGAAGACCAGUUCGCUUCGAUGACCACUGAGGACAUCAUCAGAGCUUCUAGUCUUAAAGAUAACAAGAUUCGAAUUCCAAAGGAGGAGAUGCAAAGGACAAAUCUUGAGUUAGAUUCAUUCAAGGAGAAGAUUAAGGAGAAUCAAGAAAAGAUUAAGCUUAACAAGCAAUUGCCUUACUUGGUCGGCAACAUUGUCGAGAUAUUGGAGACGAAUCCUGAAGAUGAGGCAGAGGAGGAUGGUGCCAACUGUCGUAACCGUCUUUCGGCCUGA